UCUUAAGCAACUCGUAUCAUUUCGUAAAUUUCGUUUGUAGAGACACAAAUAUAUAUUUCAAGGACGAAAUGCAGUUUAUUAUGUUGAAUACAAAUUAAGUAAAGGACUACCUACUUUCAUUUUAUCCAUUCUUUUUUUUAUGAAAGAAUCUGAAAUUUAUGUAUUUAGGAACUCUUGUAAGAGAGCGUAAUAUAACAGUUUUUGCAUUUAUUAUGGAGUGUAACAGUGAGGUAGGAUCACUCUCGCAGAAUGAUACUGGCUCCAGCACUGCUUCGAGUGUGAGAUUUCGCGAAGACAUUUCUUCGGAAGAGCAGUCGUUACUUCAGGUUUUAGAAAGAGGAAUUUCGGAGACGACAGAGGAAAAUAUCGCAUUUGGAAAAGAAAUUUCGUCGUUGUUAUCCCAAUUAAAUCUAGAAUUACAAUUUUUACCAAGUGACAUCAGGGAAGGAUUGCAAAAGAUAGCAUUAAUUUUACGAUUUGUGAAACUGUCAGAUCUUGAUGAUGUUUCAUUAAGUAUAGUAAGUGAAAGGAAAAAAAUUGAAGAAAAGAAAAGACAACACGAAGAAAAACAGCUGUCAUUAUUGUAUGAUCAUCUUUAUAGAAAAUAUUCAAUUUUUUCAAGGAAGCUUAAUCACUUGCAAGAAGCUGUAAGUUCUCUCGAAUGCUUCUUGGAAAAUGCACAGAAGGAACAAGAAGAUACUGAUUGUGAUAAAAUGUCAUUAUCUAUAAAACUAAAUGAAUAUCAACAAACCAUGGAGAACUUAGAAGCUGAUCUGGAAGAUAUGAAUAUUCAAGAUCUUUAUCCGCAAGAAAUAUUAGAGAAAUAUCAUAAGUAUUUAGAAACAUUGGGUGAAUUAGCUGAGCUUAAAGAAUACCUUAGUCAGUAUGGAGAUUUACCACCAAAUUUAUUACAAGCUAAAGCUCAGCUUGAAGUUAAACGAAAGGAGUAUGAAACUAUUGAGAAAGCAUUUUUAAAGAAAGUUUAGUAUGAGCAGUAGACAUUAACAGUAUCGUUAAUUACAUUUGCAAUAUGUUUCAUUUGUAAAUUUUUUCACUUUUAUACAAUAAUAAAGACUAUUAUAUUUAUAUA